AUGCUCCUUCCCAAAUUAUGGAAAUCGUGUAAUUUACCGUUUUUAGAGUCACCGUGCAUCUAUGGAUUCUCCAUCGCUGACGGAUACGGCUUUUACUUGACCGACUUUACUUCAUUAUGGAAUCAGCGAUUGAACCAAGACGAGUUGAUAGCUGUUGCGGCCGAGAACGGGUUGGAAGAUGUUACUAAUGAAUGUAUGGCAAAUCUACUAUGCGCACUCGAAGAAAGUGUACUGAACAAGGACAAUUUAUCAUUUACUCAAGCAGACAAUGUCAUUGAAUGUAAGUUAACCGGAGAAUUCAAUUGGACAUUUACUCUUACUAAACGAUCACCCGAGCAAACAGUUACAUUCCUUAGUCAGUUAAAUUACCAACAAUUCUCCAAUAAUGUGUACUUAACCCAUCAAAUAAACAACCUACAAAAGAUAAUAGCAGUAAAAGACACAUUCAUUAAAUUCCUUACCGAGAACUUCAAACAAACUCAUGGGUUGGACUUGAUCAACAAGUAUAAACGAAUGAAUAAACAAGAUAUAGAGGCAAUAGAGCAAUUCAACAAGAUACGUUGGAGUAAAGCUAGUGCAAUUGAAUACCGAAAAGUACGAACUAGCAAAAAGCGAAGCGAAAUGGAAGAGUUGAGUAAGAAUAUUAAUGAGGCCAUUGGAAACUCGUGGAAAUUUGCCAAUCUGUUUUACACAAAUGAAGAAGAACUCGAGGAACAACUCAGCCCAAUCAAAAUCCACCCAGAUUUGUCGCCUAUUAAAUCUUCAAGUCCUCCUCCACCUGGUGCCAAGAAGAAACUAAAGUUUGGUGCAUUAGGAGUAAAACCUUCACUUCCUAAACCACAUACGCCGGUUGCACCAACUGGAGCUACUCCUACACCCUCGCCCAGAAAGAAGAAACAAAAGAUUGGAUCUCUUCAUUAA